GCGAGUUCGACUUCGUCAACGUCGAUGCCUCUGACCCCUCUCGCUUCCCCCUCGGUCUCGAUGAAGAAUUCAACAUUCUCCUCGACGGUCUCCCGUCUGGCCUUUGCCAGCGCCUUGCAGCUG